AAAUAAACUGAUAAGGGAAAGGGACGGCCUUGCUGCUGGCUGGGUCGGUUGGGUGGCUGCCUCUCAUCCUUCUUUAAUUCUUCCUUACCAAACUCAAAACUCCCCCAGAUCUUUCUCUCCUUUUUUACCCAAUUCAGUUUCAAGCCAACCCACCAGCACCCUCGCCUUGAGCAAACUUCAAUUAAUCAAUUCUUUUUAAAGCAAAGAGGGAACCCGAUUCAGAGUGAGAGAGAACAAUCUCAAGUCAAGCUCAAGAUUCAUACUUUCGUGUUCUUCUUCGAAUAAACAAAGCCUCUUGCCAGGACCGAUGUUUUCCUUAAAUGGGGUUUUUUGGCUGGAGGAUGAGAUGAUGAUGGUGUAAAGUUGUUUAAUUUGAUUCCGCGUCUGUGACCUGUUGUUGCCUUGCUGAGACUGGCGCCCUGCUUUUAUGUUUCAGAAAGGGAAAAUCCAACGAGGGUUUCCUUCUUUUUCCUCUACAAUUAGUUCUGCGAUGGGGAGUGGUAUGGAUUUCUUCAACUGGCUGGAUUACGAUGUGUUGAUGAAGAUUUUAUUGUGCUUGGAUGAUCCUGCUGACCUUGUCCGCGUCAGUUCCGUCUCCCGGACUUGGAGACAUUUUGUUGUCACAAAUGGUCUUAGCAGGCAGCUCUGCGUGAGAAUGUUCCCUACUUUGCAUAGACUUGACCAUGUCGUUGAACCAAGCCGUUGUGUUAAGGAUAUUGCAGAAGUUGGUUGCAGCAGAUAUGUGGAAGAUGAAAAUCUUGGGGUGGAGCACAGAGCUUUUGCAUUUCUGGCUCGUUCUUGCAAAACUUUCCCUUUGAGAGAUUGUAUAGGAGAAGCAAUAUGUGCUUCUAGCACAGAUAAUUAUCCGGAUGAGAGCGUUCGUAAUACCCUGGAACCACAUGAGAGAGUUGGAAGGCGGCCUUCUUAUUGGUCAAGUAAAGGACAAACCACGUCUUCGGUGCCUGAGACGCUCGUCUAUAAGCUGUCCAGUGAUGUAUGUGUGGUUUCUGAAAUCAACAUAAAGCCAUUCGAAGCUUAUUUUCAGUGGGGUUCUCCUAUAUAUUCUUCCAAAUCUGUAAGAUUUCGGUUUGGCCAUCCCAAUGUUCCAUUGGAUGGGACCAUGAGCGAGCCAUGUGACGGCUUUUCUGCUGAGAAAUUCACAUGGACUUACACUACCGCUGAGUUCCCUAUGGCACAGGAGAAUCAACUACAAAAUUUCAAGCUUCCUGAACCUGUUCUUUGCAUUGGUGGAAUGCUGAUGAUUGAGCUUUUAGGCAGAGUUCAGAAACAAACAAUGGAUGGGAUGUUCUAUAUAUGCAUCUGUCACGUCCAAGUCGUGGGUCGCCCUUUAUCACCUGCAUUUGGGGUAGAAAUCUUGGAACCUUCUGGCCAUUUCACCUUAAAGGCACUGAGCUAUGAUCCCACCUUACCAGAGCAGCCUUCACCGACUGCGUAUUUGCAAGGGCGGAUAAGAGACUUGGAGCAGAUCUUGAAUCUAUUAAGAGACCAAGGAGUAGUUGUUGAGGAGUAUGAUUGGAACGGAGACGAGGAGGUCGACGAUGAGUUUGAGGAGGACUUCGCUCUCUGAGCCCCCUCGACAGGAUUCAUAAAGCUAAAGCUUGUGUACCUUGUAAUAUUGGUAUUUCAUGCAUCUCGGUCAACCAUAAUGCUCUCUGAUUAUCAAAAGAAGAACAGAAAAAUAGGCAUAAUGCUCUCUUGAUUCACCUAGUUGAUGCGGGAGAGUUAUGGUCCUUGAAAUGCUUUUGGUACCUGCUGCUCUCUUGGGGCCAUGUUAGUAUUGUGUAUUUAUUUCCAGACUACAAAUAGUAACAAAGAACAUCGUGUCGUCGUUUUUCUUCUUUUCCUUCUCUUUGGUGCAUGGCAUGGGUACUAUAGUUUUAAUUCUUUUCUGUCAUAGUUAGAAACGGCCUCCGUGCCACAAGGAUGGAAUGAUACCCACAUCUCUAUGGUGCCCAAGGUUGAUCACCCAUAUCCAAUUUCACACUACUUGUUGCUGCAAGUACUUAAGAUAUAAAAUCAUCUCGAAGAUCAUGGCAACUCGACUUAAGAA